UGAAAACAAACAUAAUAAACAAAUUAAGGUAGCGCUUACAUAACAGAUUAAUUACUGCACUAUCGGAAAAAUAUUUGUCCGUGUUUUUUUCCAGCCCACACAAAAAUUCCAUUCGAAAAUUCGCUAAAACUCACCCAGCUACAUACGAACGUCAACCUCUUCUAUCGCCAAUCUCCAUUUCCUGCCGGAGCGCGAAAACCCACCAGUUUCAAUUUCAUACCUUUAGAGAGUCCUCCUGGCAUUUCUAACGCGUUACGAUGGCACCAAAGAAGGCUAAGAAGAGCACCGACAACAUCAACUCGCGGCUUGCGCUUGUGAUGAAGUCCGGCAAGGUCACUCUGGGUUAUAAGUCUACCCUCAAGUCCCUCCGAUCCGGCAAGGCCAAGCUCGUCAUCAUUGCCGGCAACACUCCUCCCCUCCGCAAGAGUGAGCUUGAAUACUACUCCAUGCUUUCCAAGACCAGUGUCCACCACUUCUCCGGUAACAACAUCGAGCUUGGAACCGCCUGCGGAAAGCUCUUCAGAUGCUCCACCAUGGCCAUCUUGGAUGCUGGUGACUCCGAUAUCCUCAGUGGCACCACUGCUUAAGUGAAAACAUUUCGUAUGGAUGACGGGAUGCUUUUUCUGUGAGGCAGGUGGGAGGGUGCUGCUGCCACCGCCAUUGCAUUUGGAAUGGAAUGGAAGGGCGGCAGGUGCCUUGUUGGGCCUUGCUUGUUGGAGAUAAAUAGCGGACUCUUUAGUUUCCCUCUACCUCCUAGCUGGAGCCUGUGUAUGUACUGUACCGUACCUGAGCCACUAGCCUGGAAAUGAAACUGGACAUGAGAAAAUGGAAACACAACAAAAUAAACGUGACGUCGACAAAUGCAGAGCCAAAAACAUAAUGGUGAAGCCAAAAUCCAAUUUAUCCGGAGAGACGCAGAACUGCUGCUUGUUAAUGAUUCAUCUCACUUUGUUCCAUCUCCUGAAGCCCGAUUGGAAUCGUAAACAGUUUUAUAAAUUAAAAUAUGAGGCCACACAUCGUAAUCAAAAUUAAAAAUUAAAAAUUAAAACAACGCGCCGUCCAAAAGCAAACCGUACUCCGUCGUGCUUAUCGUGAUAUAUAUAUACCUUGGCCAAUCUUACUAAUUUUCAUAGACACUCUUAACGAUUGUAUAACUCCCAAACCCAUGCCCAGGGCCUACUUCCCCUCUUUCGACUAAGGGAAAUAUAUCUGACUCUAAAGACACCGUCCCACCACCUUUCCCUAGAGAAUUCCUCGCAUGCGGCGAACGUGGUGAAAGCGGCGAAUGCGGAACAUGUCCUUGAGAAGAAAAUAUUUUAACAUUGCUGCUACUGAGUUUGUUCGUGCGUAUUUUCCUAGUUCCGCUGGACGAGGCACCGGUUCGGUCGCCGAACAUCGCUGGGAACAACUUGCGGAGGAGAGCACGGAUUGCCGGCAUACAUGCGCAGAGGAUGCUGGCAUGCCCUUCGAUAGUACUCCAGUAGCCG